GUUCUUUCUGUCAGUUUUUAGCGUUCAUGUAGCACCUAGCAGCGUUAACGUGAUUAUUGUUAUCUAGAAUAAAUACGGCUCCCCCGGAUUUAUAAACUUCUCAAAGCAUGGAUCGUCCUUCCAGGAAAACAAAGACUGUGAAUUACUGUGAAGCCAAAGACUUUGACGACGAUGAGGAUUUUGCGGUUGUGAAGGCACCACCAAACAAAAAGGCCAAGGAGGACCCGAAAAGGGAGCACAAGCAGUCAUCCAGCAAAUCCCUCAGUCAAGAAACCAACUCACAGGCCUCACAAAGUCAGAAAAGCAGAAAACCUCUGGAUGAAAAACUGCUUGAAAGAGAUCUGGAAGCAGCCAUUACACUCUCCAUGCUCAAUGAUACUGGUCUAGAAAAGGAGCCGUCUGACACAAAUAAAGCAGAGAACACAGUUGAGCUGCCAUCGGGUGAAAAUGCAGAUCCUUCAUCUUUACUAAGGUCUAACUGCAGCGUGGAUAGUGAAGUGUUGGGUCUGGACAAAAUCACAUCAGAGAAUCCAAAGAAGGGACAAAAAAAGACAGAAGAGCCGAAGAAAAAGGAUGAAGAUGAUGAUUAUGAACCCAAACUGACUCCAGAUUCAGAAAGCGAUGAAGACUUCAGCGAACCAGAUGAGAGUGACGAAGAGGAGUUCACAGUAAAGAAAACCAGCAAGACUAAGAAAAAGGAGAAGAUAAGCAAGAGUGAGAAACCGAAAACUAGUCCUGCUGCUAACAAAGCAAAGCGGCCGUCGAAGCCAUCGAAGUCCAAAUCAGCAGCAGCUUCCACCCCGGUUAGAAGUCCUCCGUCAGCCAAGCCUGCACCCAGAAGAUCCGUUUCAUCCUCUGCCGUUCCCACGUCGAAGCCUUCAGUGUCUGUGAGCCCAGCAGGGGGCAGAGUGCCAAAGUGGAACCCACCAGCUCAGAUCGGUAAAAGUCCCACAUCCUGCCAGCGUCCAGCAGGACCGUCUCCCGGUCAGGGUCUGCGGCUCGGACUGUCGCGCCUCGUUCGAGUCAAACCUCUUCACCCCAGUGUUGCCAGUCACUGAGUGGACUAUUGCUGCUCUUCUGGGUUGUUUUUUUUUUUUUUUUUUUUUUUUCUGAGCAGAUUUUUUUUUGUGUAAAUAAGCAUUUCCUUUUUUACUGCAUAACUCCGCUGGAUCAGUUGUCUUCUCCACCUGACUCUCUUCAGGUCUCCCUGCCAAGCACAAGUUUCAGGAAGUGAUCACUGAAUCCACAGACUGAAAUCAUUUAUUUCUUUUGCUUCGCUGCAGCAAGUUCACAUCAGGUUUCUUAGUUUUAGUUGUAUCUCCAUAACAUCUAACGUCAUUCAAGGCAUAUUU